CUCCUCCGGCUGGAUGUCAUGGCGGAGAUCCGAGUAAACAGAGACGAUUUAAUCCAGUAAACGGAGUUAAAAACGGAGUCAGAGACGCGCUGAUGGAGGAAUAAUGUACACAGAGAAGAAGAGAACGAAAGAAGACACGUGGAGAUCUGAUGACCUAAUGAGACACAUGCGGGGGCAGGAUGAUGAAGACACCAGGAGGAGAGACAGAUCGAAGCGAGAUGAGGCGUCCAGGACUCGCAGGGACUCGGGCAUGGAGAGAACCAAACACAGAGGAGAAGAUUUGGGGAGGGGGGAGGUGAGGGACGAGCGAGAGAGGGAGAAACGGAGGGAGAGGGAGUACAGGACGGACAACGAGAGACAUGAACGAGACAAGGACAGACUGAGAGACAGAGAGAAAGAACCAGACAAGGACAGAUUGAGAGACAGGUAUAAGGAUAGAGACAGGGAGAACGAACGAGACCGAGGGAAAGAACGAGACAGGACAAGAGACAAAGAAACAAACAGAGACCGAGAGAAAGAACGAGACAGAACAAGAGACAAAGAGAGGGAACAAGAGAGAACAAGAGACAGAGAUAAAUAUAGAGACACGGAGAAAGAACGAGAAAGAACAAGAGACAGAGAGAAUAAACAAGACAGAGACAAAGAACAAGACAGGACAAAUGACAAAACAAGGGAACGAGACAGGAUAAGAGACAGAGACAAAUAUAGAGACACGGAGAAAGAACGAGAAAGAACAAGAGACAGAGAGAAAGAACGAGACAGAACAAGAGACAGAGAGAAUGAGCAAGACAGGACAGAAGACAAAGAGAGGGAACUAGAAAGAACAAGAGACAAGGAAAAAGAACGAGAAAGAGCAAGAGACAGAGAGAAUGAACGAGACAAAACAAGAGACAGAGAGAAAGAACGAGACAGAGAGAAAGAACGAGACAAAGAAAUAGAUAGACACAGAGAGAAAGAACGAGACAGGACAAGAGACAGAGAGAAAGAACGAGACAGGACAAGAGACAGAGAGAAAGAACGAGACAGGACAAGAGACAGAGAGAAAGAACGAGACAGGACAAGAGAGGGAAACAGAGACAGGGAGGCAGAGAGGGAAAGACGGAAAUUAAGGGAUCUAGAAAAAGACAGAGAGAAGUAUCGAGAGAAAGACGGAGAAAGAGAAAGGACGAGGGACAGAGACAAAGACAGAGAGAGAAAUAAAGAACGAGACACAGAUAAAGACAGAGAAAAAGACCUGGAGCGGGAGAGGAGGAGGGCGGAGCGAGAAAAAGAGAGAAGAAAGGAAAAGGAAGAGAGUCGAGACGUUGAUGAGAAGCACAGAGAGAAAGAGAAGGACAGGAGAGAGAGACGUAGAGAACGAGGAGAAGAACGAGAGAAAUACGACCGACGAACACAUCAAGAUGAAAGAACAGAGAUCAAAAGAGAAGAGAAAGAUGAACAUGUACAGAAUGAUGUGACUGAGCAUCACGAAGAGGUAGCUGAGGAUUAUGGGAAUGAGGAUUAUGAGGAGGAUUUUGAGGACUAUGAGGAAGACUUCGAGGAGUUUGAGGACCACGAAGAGGAGAAAGUAAACAAAGAGCCGAAAGCAGAACUGAGGGAUUUGAGCCCGAGGAGGAGACACGAGAUCGCGGCCAUUCAGAGAGCGAUGGAGGAGGAGAACGAGCUGGUCAGAGCCUCACUCUCCAAAUCCUCAACUGAAGAACCUGUGCUUACACAGAAAGUGAGUUCGGACUCUGAGAGCGGUCUGAUGAAAGCUCGGACUUACGGCAGAGUGAUCGACUUCACGGCGGCGAGGCGGAGAGAGAUAAACCAGCAGGCGUCCGAGAAACAAAAGAGGCGCAGUGCUGAGCUCCUGCGGCUGAUCGAUCUGGACUUCUCCUGCACCGAGACCCUCCUGGAUUUGGCUCCGGUCAGCGAGUACGACAAGUACAUCAAGAGCUUCGGGAUGACCAACACCAAGCAGGCCUACGUACAGAGCAACGAGGACAAUGUGGAGCGGGACACUCAGACGGACGAGACGGACGCCGAGGACAAGUGGACGCAACACCCGGCAGAGACCAACGUCGUGUGUGGAGGUCCCAAGGUUUCCCAGAAUGCAUCGGAAGAGUCCAUGGCCAUGACGAACGUUGAUUCAAAGCGUCUCGCUGCGUUUCUCCAGUCUGCUACACAGGUGAUGGCGGUGUUGUUGGAGGAGAACAUGGCCGAGAGAAACUCAGCUGCAACAAAGCUGCAAUCUAAAACACACACACACUCGUUCAGUGACGCCAGCAUUCAGCUCAACACCACACUGCGCUUACUGCAUGGUUGCCGGGUGACCCUGCUUCACUUCUCCCAGGCCCAGACACACACCCUGCUCUCCGUUCACGCCCCACACUCCAGGUCAUGUGACGCUUCGCCUGACAGUAACACACUCAUCUGUGUGUGGAACAUCUGGGAACCGUCCACCCCUCAGAAGAUCCUCGCCUACGAAGCUGAGGUACGGAGCUGCUGCUUCAGUCCCGCUAAGGCCACGCUGGUGUUCGCCGGGACGGAUGUGGGUUCCGUGGUGCUGUGGGAUCUCAGAGAAGCUUCCGGCUCUCACCCUCAGCUCAGAGUGCAGGAGGAGGAGUGGACGCUCCGCUACCCCACCUUCUCCACAGAUGCUGUGCUGUCCGGCGCGGGUCAUUUCUCCUCCGUGGUGUCGGUGGAGCCCGUUCUGGUCACUGCGGGGACAGUCACGGAUCCACUGCUGUCCGACCAGGAAGAGUCACUGGGUCUGUCCUUCCAGUUAGGAUCACUCGAUGAAAAUGGACUCUUGAACCUGUGGGUUGUAGUCGAGCUGCAGAAAGCUGAUGAUUCUGGAUCCCAAACUGACCUGGGUCUGCGUCCAGGUGGGAAGGUGAAGCUCCUCCACACUUCCUCUGUACAGACGAGCCCACGAGGAGACCGGGGACUCACGGGGGUCACAUCCCACCUGAGCCUCAUGCUCAAGUUCCUCCCCACAGACUCCAGCCAUUACUUCAUCGGCUCCAACAUGGGGCUGGUGAGACAUGGAACCAGACAUGGACUCCGAGCUUCUCCGAAAAUCUACAGAUCCAAAAAGGGGGAGAGACCGGUGGACGUCACGUCUCUUGAGUUCUGUCCCUCCGGAGAACCUUUCUUCCUGGUAGGCUGCAGCGAUGGUUCUGUACGUCUGCACUCGUUGCAGACGGAGGACCCGGUUUGGGAGGGCACAGCGGGUCCUGACGGCGUAUCCGUACAGUCUGGACAGUUUCUCCCGACUCGGCCCGCCGUCUUCUGUGUUCUGGACUCUGCAUCUGUCCUGCACAUCUGGGACGUCUCAGAGAAAGAAGAUUCUCCCAUCAUCUCCGAGGAUCUCCACACCGACCCGGUGAGCGCCAUGGCGGUGUUCGGUGACGCAGCCAAACAGAACCCGUACUCCGGCAUCGCUCUGGCUAGAGAGUCAGGCAGGCUGGAGAUCCACUACCUGAUCCCUUCCAUCGUUCACCCCCGAAGCUCAGAUACGGAGAAGCUCCGCUCACUAGAACAGGAGUCACUCUGAGAGACGGCAGGACCAGAGAAAUUCAAACAUCUCAGCAGCAGAACCGGUGUUAAACCAAAAUAAAAUACCAAAAACACAGCACAGAUUGUUUUGGUGAAUUGUCGCUAACAGCUAAUGACUCCCAGCAGAAACGUUGCUAAUUACAGACCAAGGGACACCUGACCAUGAGCUUGUUGGACAUUCUAAAAAAGAGCCUUGCCAUCUUGCCCAGACAGUCAGAGUUGCUGUUGCACUGGCAAACGGGUGAUCCUCCACCCAGCCUCGAAUCAGUCUGGCAUUGCUGGCAGCAGAACUGCCGCUUACUGGAUGUUUUUUUUGUGCUGAGAGCCGUGAAUCAUAUUGAUUGAGUUACCGUAGCUAUCCUGUCCACCCGUGUCACCCUGGAACUGCCAUUUACUAGAUGUUUUCUCCAGCCUUCCCUCACUCAGACAUGUCCAAUUGUGUCUGUUGAGCACCCGGUCAGGCUGGUAGCACCUCCACGACUCCGCCAAAUGCUGUUUUAAUUGAAUGGACACACUCCAAAAGCUUGUAGAGUCUUUCCAAGUGGAUGGACGCUCUUAUAACUUUAAAGGGAGGCAACAGCAACUCUAUAGCCAAAAGACACCUGACCAUGAACUUGCUGGACAUUCCUUCCAUUCUUUUCGGAUCCUAUUCCAAGAGUCUAGCUGCCACUUAGAGCUCUCCUACAAUGCCAAUAGCUGAUCCUACACCCAGCCUUCCCUCUUUUAGGCGUGGCCAAUUGUGUCUUUUGAGCGCCCGGUCAGGCUGUUUUUGCUACAGAGGGAGGCGACGUUAAUGAAAUGCCCAUGGUUUUAGGUUGGAUGUCCAAGUAGCUCAUGGUCAGGUGUUUCUCAGGUGUUCAUGUAGUGGAAAUCCUUCAGUGUACAGAGUUGAUUUUGUUGUAUGAUGUACAUGACAGUCGGUCAGACUGACUCUUUUAAUAAAACGCUAUAAACAAUCA